AUGCCAUCAGCACCUCAAUCCAUAAUCUGGCCCUCACCAGAACGAAAAAUCCAGAUCUUCCUCCGUGAAAAGCUUGAGAAAUGGGACUGGGUGAUCUACCGCUGCACCUAUGAGGAUGGCGAAGCUUGGUCGCGGUUUAAACAGAUUGUUGAAGAACGGUCCCAUCGUGAUACAUUGGACGGCGCUUCGAAGCACCGGCUUCAUGCCCGCUUUAGGGAGUGGGCGGCUCAUGUGAUUGAUAUUGAGAAUCCGCAUCAUGAGAAUAGACACCUUGGGGCUAUUGGAAUUCCGAGAUACGAGUACUUUGUUAUGGUUGAUGAAGGCGCAUUGCGGAGUGUGGUCUAUGAUGCUCCACGGCUUCCAGACGAUGAUAUGGACGGGGAAGGCUAUGUGAAUUUUGUGAACACCAGCUGGUUGCCUUUGGAUGAGAACCCUUUGGCUGUAGAACUGUCUACCGAGGAACGAUUAAAUGAAGAGCAGUAUGAGCCAAUAGAUGACUGCCGUGAAAAGAAUGUUGGUUGGAUGAAGAUGGCGUCAUCUAUGUUAACUUCGGAAUUCUACGAUGCUAUGGCUGAUAACUGUGAUGUAUGGUAUUGUUUUUACAGAAGGCCGCCUAUAACGGUCAAUGGGUGA